CACGGUUCUGCCCCCGCUCACAUUGCGACCGUCGAGGAGCAAGACGCGUUCGGCGCGACGUUCAGUUCAGUUCUCCGUGAUCGCUCGAUCGGGUGGGAUCCGAGCGGGAUCUGCUCGCACCUGCGCCGUCGCGUACCCGCGGUCGCACUCGCGUCGGCGAGGAGGGAAGAAAAAAGGGGAGAAACGAGGAAGAGAUCAAGUAAAUCUCGCGCGUCGCCGGAUAACGCGACGCUGUGUCCACCGAGGGAGACGUUUCACCGGGAAGGGAAAUCGGCGAUAAUGAUUCAGCGGAUUCCUCAUUGAAUAGAUCAGUGCGUCGGAUCGGCUAUCAGACAUGCGUUGGUUUCGCGGCCACGCCGAGGCACCGAGACUCCUGCGCCUAAGUCCCCUUCGAGCCGACGAAGACGUCAACGAAACGUCCUACCAUUUCCACGCGAGGUCUCGCUGCAGAGACAUAUCGCCAGUGCGAUGGGCCCGGAGAAAAUCAUCGAGUUCCGAAUCCGAGAGAAACUGCUACAACGUGCAGACCUCCCAGGUGACGACCGAGCGGACUGUCAACAAAAAGGACAAGAAGAGGAUCCAGGAAGAACGGCGGAGAGUGUGCGAGAAGCGGAAUCCUCUGCUGGACCGCGUCAAGAGCACCAGACUGAGCUUCUUCAAGGACCGCGAUUCCGACGAGAACGAGAACGAGAACGAGAACGACGGCAACGACGAGGAGUCGGCGAGACGAGUCCAGUUCCGUUCGAUGUGCGAGCUGAGGCAUCGCGGUCUGACCAGGAACGAGUUCCGGCGCUCGGUCUGCGAGUCUGACCUGAAGGACAUCACGGAGGAGGGGAACAACCACGCGAAGAGGAAGAGACGCGCCAAGUCGCAGAGCAGGUUGUUGUACAAAAAGCAGCAGGAGGAGCGGUUCUCCUUCUUGGGCUUUCGCACCUCGACGCCUCGGAAGCAGCCCGAGUGGCGGCCGAAAGAGGGGGAUUCCGUCCGGGACGACGCGAUGCCUGACGGCUAUCGAUGGGAGAGGACCGAUCGGAGCUUCCUCGAGGAGAACCGCGGCGCCGAUCGACCCGUCGAUCCGGUGACGACGGUCAGCACGGGGGUGCCUAGGCACGCCGGCGAGACUAUUUUUAAGAAGGACGCGACGGCGUUCGACAGCAUCACGCCGUCCAGCUGCCUGGCGGCGAAAUUCCGCGCGAUGCAGGACAGGUACCUGAAGAGCUCGACGAACAGGCUAAUCGCCAAGAUCUACAGGAAGGACUGCAAGGACCGCGAGAGGCGGAGGUUGCGUAGCUUUUCUUACGGCACGUUGCCGGGCCUCGAGGAGCUACGGACGAAUCCGCUGUACGAGGAUCAGGAUCAGGACGACAACGACUCCGGAAUCCUGGACAACGAUUCCGCCACCAGUUCCUUGCUGGACGACCGAUGUAGCAGCGGCGCUUCCGGACCGCUCAACAACAGUAGCCACAACGACUCCUGUUUGGGACCGUCGCCUCCUCAGCUUCCGCCUAGAAGACCCUUCUCGACCGCCACGGACGUCGACGGGACCGCGCGACUCUUCGCCAGUUUGGACGUGUACUACGACAAGACUAAGGACAAGGAUUCCGGGAUGAGUCUUCUUACCGAGGAGUACUCGAGCGUCUGUCAAGCCGCGAACGGUACGCUGAUAGAUCGUCAAACGGCUCGGGUCUCCGCGGAGAACAAUACGGGUCGCGAAAAAGAGGGGAGAACCGUAGACGAGGAUUCCGGACGGAAGCAACGCGGUUCCGGUUUACAGGCAGUGAGGAGUAGAGUGUACACCACGGAGACGAUGGUCGUGAAACUACCCAAGGAGACGCCCGACCAGUGCCUCGGUAUCUUCAUCGCGAAAACCGCGGAGUCCAGUCCGGGUUACUUGGUGGCUCACGUGGUGCCGAACGGACUGGCCGACAAGGAGGGCACGCUGAGGAUCGGCGACGAGAUCCUGAUCGUCAACGGAAAGAGAUUACGCGGUCUGAGCAUGGCGGAGGCUAGGAAGAUCCUCGGUAGUGGCAGCGGUCCCGGUGACAUCGACAUCGUCGUCUCGCGGUUGUCCGGCGUCGAUCAGCAAGCGAAGAAGCUGAAGGAGAGCAGCGUGGAUUACGAAAACGUUAGCAUGGAAGACGGCCACGGGGUAAUCGUCGAAAGUUCACCCGGAUCGCAUCACUUCAGAAAGCAUCAGACCAGGUGUCACCGAGACAAAAAGGACGAGUCGAACAGAUCGAUCUCGUCCGAGAAAUUCGCGACGAACAUGGACAGCGGACUCGCGCAGAGUGUCUCCAAGUUCUGCACUCUUCCCAGGAGGCCGAGAAGUACGGUGUCUACGUUCCUUACGGUGCUUUUCGAGAAAGGCACCGGGAAGAAGUCCUUAGGGUUCACCAUAGUUGGCGGGAGAGACAGCCCGAAAGGAAGCAUCGGUAUCUUCAUAAAGUCGGUACUGCCUAGCGGACAGGCCGCUGAAGAUGGCCGUUUGCGCGCAGGAGACGAGAUUUUGGCUGUGAAUGGCCAAGUCUGCCACGACUUGACGCAUCGCGAGGCCGUACAGCUUUUUCGCAAUAUUAAAAGUGGACCGAUCGCUUUGCAUCUGUGUAGACGCGUGAAAAAUCGUGAAUCACAAAUAUUGAAGGCCAAGUCGUGCGCAGAUCUCUUGCUGAUAGACACGUGAGAGCGAUGAUCGUUGAAAGACAGACGGGGAACGUGGCAAAUUAUGUAAAAUACGAAUCAUGUAUAUACUGUACAUUUUCAGAAUUCGCUAGAAAUAAAACAGUUAUUUAAAAACA